AUGAUGCGUGGAUUUAAGCAAAAGCUUAUAAGAAAGGCGACUGGUGGUUCUUCCAGCACAAAUAAUAAGAAGAAAGACAAGGAGAAGGAGUCCUCGACGUCGGGAGGUGUUAGUAGAAGUGGAUCGACAAGUUCUAACUCGAGUUCCGCUCAAAAUACCGGUAUUGGGGGCGGUUCGAGUAAUAGAUCUUCAUUAGAAAAAACCAGAAAUCCACAAGGGAGCUCUGGUUCGUCUUCGUCCUCUUCUAAGCAACAUUCUUCCUCAUCUAAUUCAAACAAGCAAAAAACCAGUUCUAGUGGUAGUAAUGGUUCAUCUUCAAGAGGUUCAAACAAUAAUAGUAGAAAUGCGACACCGGUUUCUAGCAGUUCAAGGACGAGCGGCGGUGGGUCUACUACUCCAGGACCUGGAACGACCUCGAGAUCAGACAAUGGUUCAAGCACACCAACCUUAACGGUCACUAGAGAUGGAUCAAGACAACAACAGCCAAACGCUUCACCACAGACGAAUUCUGCAAAUGGUUCUCAACCUACUUUUAUUGGUGCUACUGCGGCAGUACCUCCCAGCUCUCCUACGGGCGGCGGCGGUGGUGGUGGUGGUGGAUCCCCACCCGUUUUUGCAUCUCCUUUACAAUCUAGUGCUGCUUCCAUGACAGGCUCAGCAAAGGAUCUCGCUGGACCUCAAGCAUCACCAUCGUCGCCAACGGGUAUAGAUAUUCCGAGAUCGUCUCAUUCUUUUGAAAGAUUACCCACGCCGACUAAAUUAAACCCUGAUAGUGAAUUAGACCUCAUUAAGAUACCUCAACGUCAUUCAUCAUCAAGAUUUGAACCUUCACGUUAUACACAAUUGGCGAAGUUACCUGAUUUUGAAUCAGUUUCACCAGAGGAAACAAUCCCACUUUUCAUCGCUAAAGUUGAUCAAUGUAAUACUAUGUUUGAUUUCAACGAUCCCAGCUUUGAUAUUCAAGGUAAAGAAAUCAAGCGUACCACUUUACAAGAAUUAAUUGAAUUUAUCGUGACAAAUAGAUUCACCUACACGCAUGAAAUGUACGCUCAUGUGGUUGCCAUGUUUAAAGUCAACCUUUUCAGGCCCAUCCCACCUCCAGUAAACCCAAUCGGUGAUGUUUAUGAUCCUGACGAAGACGAGCCGGUCAAUGAAUUGGCAUGGCCGCACAUGCAACUAGUUUAUGAAUUUUUCCUAAGAUUCGUGGAAAGUCCUGAUUUCAACCAUCAAAUUGCCAAGCAGUACAUCGAUCAAGAUUUUAUCAUUAAAUUGUUAGAACUAUUUGAUAGUGAGGAUAUUAGAGAAAGAGACUGUCUCAAGACCACAUUGCAUAGAAUAUAUGGGAAAUUUUUGUCAUUGAGAAGCUUUAUUCGCCGGUCCAUCAAUAACAUUUUCUUACAAUUCACCUAUGAAACUGAAAGGUUCAACGGUGUUGCUGAACUUUUAGAGAUCUUGGGGUCUAUUAUUAACGGAUUUGCUUUACCUUUGAAGGAAGAACACAAGAUUUUCUUAGUUAGGGUCUUAAUUCCACUGCAUAAAGUUCGCUGUUUAUCAUUAUACCAUCCACAAUUGGCCUAUUGUAUUGUGCAAUUUUUGGAAAAGGAACCGUUACUAACUGAAGAAGUUGUCAUGGGUCUACUACGUUAUUGGCCAAAGAUUAAUUCGACAAAGGAAAUUAUGUUUUUAAACGAAAUUGAAGAUAUUUUUGAAGUCAUUGAACCAUUAGAAUUUAUUAAGGUGGAAGUUCCACUUUUUGUUCAAUUGGCAAAAUGCAUUUCAUCGCCACAUUUCCAAGUGGCUGAAAAAGUUUUAAGUUAUUGGAAUAAUGAAUAUUUUUUGAACCUAUGCAUUGAAAACGCUGAAGUGAUUUUACCGAUCAUUUUCCCGGCGCUCUACGAAUUAACUUCACAAUUGGAGAUAGAUACGGCAAAUGAGGAAGAUGGAACCUCGGAUCCAUAUAUGCUUGUUGAACAAGCAAUUAAUUCUGGCUCUUGGAAUAGAGCCAUCCAUGCUAUGGCUUUUAAGGCUUUAAAGAUUUUCCUAGAAACAAACCCCGUACUUUACGAAAAUUGUAAUUCAUUGUACAUCUCUAGCGUUAAAGAAACUCAAAAACGUAAGCAAGAACGACAAGAAGAGUGGCACCGUUUAGAGGAAUAUGUGCAAAAAUUGAGAGUUAGUGGUAAUGCGCCAGCAAAGGCACCAGUAGGUGGGGUACCUUUCCAUUCUUCCACCACCACUACAACUACAACUGCAGCGGUCCCAACAGCUAUAUUAUCUUCAAACAACUCAACCAUAUCAUCUCAUGACGAAGGUCUUAAAGUGACAAAUCCUUCGAGAACAAAGGAUUUUGAGACGACUGCUGCUGGAGCCCAAUUACAGUACAAUCAACAACAAAGAUAA